GACAUUGUGUCAAUAAAUGUGUAAAUUUCACAAAUCACAAUUUCAAGCAUAUUUCAAGUUUGUGGAAUAACCCUUGAAUUGAAACAACAAGAACUAGUCAACAAGUUAAUACUGGAAGUUGAAACUUCAUUUGUUGCAAAUUCCACAGUUUUACGAGAAAAAGACGUAAGAAGGUAACAAUGUCAUUCCAAUCUCCAAUGCCAAGUAGAGAAUUCUUAUGGGACAUUUUUAGAAGGGUGGAUAAAGACAGAAGUGGAUACAUUUCUGCUGAUGAAUUACAACAAGCUCUCUCUAAUGGUACUUGGAAUCCAUUCAAUCCAGAAACUGUCCGUUUAAUGAUAGGAAUGUUUGAUAAACAAAACAGAGGCGUUAUAUCAUUUGAAGAUUUUGGAGCUCUGUGGAAGUAUGUUAGCGACUGGCAGAAUUGUUUCAGAUCCUUCGACAGGGACAAUUCUGGCAAUAUUGAUAGGCAAGAGUUAAAGAAUGCUCUGACUGCAUUUGGAUACAGACUCUCAGAUGAUGUUGUGAACAUAAUGGUGCAGAAGUUUGAUAGAUUUGGCCGUGGUACUAUUCUCUUUGAUGAUUUCAUUCAGUGCUGUGUUACCCUUUAUACAUUAACCUCAGCAUUCCAGCAAUUUGAUACUGACCAAGAUGGAGUUAUAACAAUACAUUAUGAGCAAUUUCUUAAAAUGGUGUUUGGCUUGAAGGUAUAAAGAAAAAUUCAUAAUGAAAACUUAAUUGUUAGAACUGAGUUAUUAUACUAUGAAACAAAAACAAAUUUAUACUAUUCAAUGUAAACAAUACUUUAUAGAAGUAUGUACACAAAAAAUAUUAUUAAGAAUUAAGAAUUUUUAUGUAAUCUAAACAAAUAAAAGUAAAAUCUCAAGGAAUUUAGAGAUGCUUAUGUGUAUAUAAUAUGGUGUUAUUCAUUGGUACUUUUUUAAUGUUUGCAAGUUAGAAGGGUAUUAUUUAUUAUAUGCUGUGGAAAGAAAAUAAUAAGUUUUGUAUAAUUAAUCACCUAAAUUAAUUUGUACAUGUCUCUUCCGUCCAGUGUUGGCCGUAAAACUUCGGGUUGUCAAGCUCAAUAAUCACCAGUGAGGUGUGAGUCAAAUUUUAUUUUUGAACAAAUAAAUUAUGUUGGAUCUUGGCAACGUCAUAUUUUUUACAUCUAAAACUUGAUUCACUUAUUGAAUUAGCAUACAAUAUGUGCAUGCAUUUUGUAACAGAAAAUUGUAUCUUCAAAAAAUAGAAAUUCUAAUUGCUUUUUCUAUAAAUGUAGACACAGUAUCAUCUUACAUCUAUUAUUAAAGUGCAUGCUAUUUUAUUAUAUCCAUUCCAUCCAAUAUUCCAAUAUAAAAUUUCAAUAAUCAUUAGUUCCUACCAACCCACCCAACUCCAAGUGCCUGUAAUCGGUUGAAGAUGCAAUUUUAUUUAAAAUUUGAUCUUUGUCUGUUUCUUGUAGCUUUACAAUUAAUUUAGUUUUAAGUAAAACUAAUCUCAAAUUCACAAUUUAAAUUGUAAGUCUUUAGAUUACUUUUGUAAACAUAAAGUGAUAUCCCUAAAUCUAUCUAUUGGCCAAAUAUAAUUGUUGUGCUCAAAGUACCUUGUGAGUUCAAAUUUUUAAAUAAUAUUUUGCAUUUAAUGUUAUUGUAAAGUAGUAAACAUUAUUGCCUCGUUUCAUUAUCUGUGUCUUUCAGCAUAAAUUUUUAUACAUUUCUAUUUGUAACUUGAAAUAUAUUUUUAUGUAUGUUAUAUUAUAGAUAAAAUAAAUGUCUAUGAUAAAA